AUGGGAAUAGGGUUUCCAAAAGAUAGCAAAUUAUUCCAACUUUCUGAAGGGUUACCAGCCUUCAACCCAGCGCAUCUGUUCUGGGUGCCCUUUAGAGACACCAAGGAACAGGAGAAUUUCUUCAAGCACCUACAGAAGUGCAUCGAGCCCAUGAAAGGGAUAGAUCACAUCCUCUGCAACUCAUUUUCAGAGCUUGAAUCGCCAUUUCUCAAGCUCAUCAACAAUGCACUCCCAAUCGGUCCUCUUCUCUCAACCGGCAAUUCCGGGCGCCAGCCAUCUUCGUUCUGGGCUGAAGACUUUAGCUGCAUCAACUGGCUCGAUCGACAACCGGCUUGCUCCGUCAUCUAUGUCUCACUGGGAAGCACCACGAUACUCAGCAAGCACCAACUGGGCGAGCUUGCACUUGGGCUCGAGCUCACUGGACGACCAUUCCUCUGGGUCUCUAGACCUACCAUUAUGGAGAAUAAUGCAGCUGUAUAUCCGGAAGGAUUCAUGGAUCGAGUCGCAAGGCGCGCACUCGUUGUGGAAUGGGCUCCACAAAAGGAAGUACUCUCCCAUCCGUCGGUCGCAUGUUUCCUGACUCACUGCGGCUGGAACUCAACCAUGGAAGCGCUGUUCAAUGGGGUUGGGUUGGCCUUACUUGCUGAUCAGUUUCUAACCAGACCUGCAUAG